CAGGGCCAGAGGAGGAUGGGUCCAGCUGUGGAGGCUCCGGCCCAGAAGGCCAUGGAUGCAGAGCAGCAGCAGAACCAGCUGCAGCACCAACAGUGCCAUGUGGAGAAUGAGGUGCUGCUUGAGCCCUUCCUACACCAAGUGGGGGGACAUUGCUGUCUCUUGCGCCUUGGGGAGAAGACCAUCUGCAAACCUCUCCUCCCCAGUGAACAUUGGUUUUACAAGAAUGUGCCUGCUGCAUUGAAGACAUUCACUCCUGAGUACAGAGGUGUGGUGACAGCGAGCUUCGAGGAGGAUGCAGAAGGGAACCAUUGCUUCAAAGCCUACCCCCUCCAGAGUGACUCCGAGGAAGAUCUGGAGAACAAGAAGCCCUCGACCAACAGUGAGCCCAAAAGCGAGAUGCUCUGCGAAAAUUACAGCAAAGAUGGCCAAAGCCACCGCUUUUGUACAGACAAGGACAGGAGCGUUUACAAGCAGCAGCAGGAGCACAAGGUGCUCUACUUUAGACUGGAGCACAGUCACAAUAAUGCUGUGCCACAGCUCAAACACAAACCCUGGAUCGUAGAAGGUCAAAAAUACCACCUGAAGAAGCUGAAGGAUAAGGUCAUGCACUGCAACCGAUGCAAAUUUAUCCUGCUGGAGAACCUGACGUGGCAGCACACAUUGCCGUGUGUGUUGGACCUGAAGAUGGGCACACAGCACUAUGGAGACGAAGAACCGGAAGAGAGGAAGGCCAUGAAGAUACAGCAGUGCCAGCACAGCACAUCAAACCUAAUAGGAAUGUACAUAUCUGGCAUGCAGGUGUACCAGUGUGACACAGGCCAGCUAAUGUUCAUAUCCAAGUUCCUUGGCCGCAGGCUGAGCCUGCAGGACUUUAAGGACUCUUUGUUUCAGUUUUUCAACAGCGGACGACAUCUACGACGUGAACUCUUCUCCCCGGUGCUGCGCAGGCUCCGAGAGUUGAAAGCUGCUGUGGAAACCUGUGAAUCCUAUCGCUUCUACUCUAGCUCCCUGCUCAUCAUCUACAAUGCAGUGCCGCUCCAAAAACACUCUGAGAACGGCUCUUUGAAAGAAGAAGAGGAUGAGGAUGAGGAUGAGGAUGUGGAGGUUGAACGCCCCCCCUUGGUGGAUGUAAAAAUGAUAGAUUUUGCCCAUGCCACCUGCAGCAAUUACCAGGGGAACAGUUUGGUAUACGAGGGCACUGAUAGCAGCUACGUCUCUGGACUCCAGAACCUGAUAACCAUCAUCUCUGAGCUGGAGAACCACAGCACAGACUGAAGACUGACAUGACA